AUGGCUCCCAAACCUCAGGACAUCGUCUUCUUCCAUCCCGAUCUCGGAAUCGGUGGUGCUGAGAGGCUCGUUAUCGACGCCGCUGUAGGACUGCAGAGUUUAGGCCACAAAGUCACCGUCUUCACGUCCCACUGCGAUCCCAGGCACUGUUUUGACGAAGCGCGCAAUGGAACCCUCAAUGUACGCGUCCGCGGGAAUACCGUCGUCCCCCCCACCAUUCUAGGUCGCUUCUCCAUCCUCUGCGCGAUUCUUCGCCAGCUUCACCUUAUCCUACAAGUAGCCCUCUUCUCGUCCGAGCUGCGGACUCUGCGACCCACUGCAUUCUUCGUUGACCAGCUCAGCGCUGGAAUUCCCCUCCUUCGAUUCUUGCUCCCCGACGUCAGGGUCAUAUUCUACUGCCACUUCCCAGACAAACUUCUCGCUAAGAAAGGAGGAUUGUUGAAGACGCUGUACAGGGGGCCCUUUGACUGGCUAGAGAGCUGGAGUACAGGCUGCAGCGAUGCCAUCGUGGUCAAUAGCAACUUCACGAAGGGUGUUUUCGCGGAAGCAUUCCCGUGCCUGAAGGACAGGAAGCCAAGAGUGGUAUAUCCAUGCGUAGACACGUCCCAAGUGGAUGCUUCUGAGGAUGCCAAACCGUUGUGGGCCAAUAAGAAGGUGCUACUGAGCAUCAACCGGUUUGAAAAGAAGAAGGACGUUGGCCUGGCCAUUCGCGCGUUCGCUGGGUUGAGCGAGCAUGAAAGAAGCACAUCGCGGCUCGUGAUUGCCGGUGGUUAUGAUGCCCGUGUCGCCGAGAACGUCUCAACUUACAACGAGCUCUGUGACCUAGCCUCUUCGCUGAACCUGAAACAUGCCACAGCAAAGGCAAUCAUCAGCUCCAUGUCGGUCCCUGAUGACAUCACUGUUCUGUUCCUCCAAUCCGUACCUACCGCCUUCAAAUCGACCCUGCUGGCUACUUCUCGCCUCCUGGUAUAUACCCCCCGCAACGAGCACUUUGGCAUUGUGCCAUUAGAGGCCAUGAUGGCCGGUAUACCUGUUCUAGCAGCCAAUGAAGGCGGACCAACCGAGACUGUCAUCAGUGGCCAGACUGGAUGGCUAAGAGACGUUAGCAAAGUGCAGGACUGGACAGAAGUAAUGCGUGUGGCACUCGAGGAUGGCGCUGGUGAGGAACGUCUACAAGAAAUGGGUAAGUGGGGCCGGGAGAGGGUCAAAGGUGAGUUUUCGAAAGAGAAGAUGGCACAAAGGUUGGAGAAUGAGAUCAAGGCUAUGGAGGAAGCCGAUAGGUCACCGAUUGCGAGUACAUCUUCCAUUGUCCUUGGGGUAGGGGCACUAGGAGCCGUAUUCGCUGUUGCCAUCUGGCUGACUGCGAAAGCUGGCUCCUAUCUGUAG